AGAAGGGACACGCCUCCUAGAGUCACUCAUCUUCCAAUUCUAGAAGUUGAUCUGUGUGGUGACCGAACCUAAAAUAGCCCUGAAACUAGUAUAUAGAGGUCCUCACACAGGCCCCGGAUUUCAAAACGACUGGCUCCACCUGAAAUAUACAGGACACUGCACAGCAAGAGAGCCAUUGAUAAGAGGAAGUACUUUUUGCAUUUAUAUUAAAGGAUCUAGAUCUCAAUUCUUGUUUCACUCAGGGGCAAAAAUUAAUAUAUUACUUCAAGUAGAAGAUAACCCAAAGUGACGAGGCUUCAGGAUUUAUCUAAUUGAGCACUUUCUCACUGAGCAAGAAAUCUGCCUUUCUUGAAGAUGAAGUACAGCCAAUACACUGUCUCCCAGUCUAUGGGAGUCAAGGCUUACAGCCCCAAGGAAUCCAUCAUCUCUUCUUGUGCCCGCGCCUCCGCGCAGAUCAAGCCAAUCCGCAACGUUCACUUUCCCAAUGACAUCGUGUUCCAGGACUAUGUCCGCCAAGGCGAGCUAGACAGGGUCAGUCUAUUCAUCAGAAAAAGGAGGGUCAAACUGGACACCGUCUACCAGUCUGGCAUGGCAGCCAUCCAUGAGGCAGUACUCUCCGGGAACCUGGAGUGUGUGAAGCUGCUGGUGAAGUACGGAGCCGACAUUCACCAGAGAGACGAGGAAGGCUGGACACCCCUCCACAUGGCUGUCAGUGACAGCUUCCCGGAUAUUGCCAAGUACUUGCUCUCCAUUGGAGCCGACCCCCAGGCGAAGAACGACUGCGGGGAGACCCCCGCCGAUCUCAUCGACCUGGAGAGCGCAGAGUUUCGGGAGUUUCAGGCGCUGCUUGGGAUGGAGGAUGACUGAGCUUAUCGAAGUGUCUAACUCUAAAAAUUCGACCGAAUUUCAAUCCAUGCCUAGUGCCUCUCGGUUACUCCUCGGCAUUAAGUGGGACAGAUCAGUUGAACAUCGAUCAUGUGCCCCAGGCCUUGUUGAAGGUCCUGAACACAUCUAUCUGGUCUGGUGGAAGACAGCCAACCACAGCAGCUGGUUGCCUUGGAGAGUGGACAAUUGCCACAAUGGGCUAGUCCUUGACAAACAGCACACACUGUUGUGCUGUUUAUAUACCAUAUGUAUAUGUCCACACUUUUGACUGGUACUGUAUGUACAUACGUAAGUGAAUGCCGCGUUGAAAUGAAUUACAGAAAAUAACAAGGUUAUCUGUUUUUCUUCAAGAGCUUUCUAGCUGUGAAAUGUGGAUCUAUUUGGGACAUUCUGAAAGAAGGCACACAGCUACAUAUUUGAAGUGUUUAUAGUUUGUUUUGUUCUCAUGUGGCCAUGGCUGGUCCAGCAGUCUGAGCUGCUGCUGUGUGUGUUAGAGUCUGUCCCACAUUUUCCUUUUGUUUUCCCCAUGUUCUGGUAAAAAAAAAAAAGUUUCCAUUUGAAACCGAAUCCUUGCUUAUUUGACUGAAAUGUGGCAUUAAUGUGUUUGGAGACAAAUGCUUUACACAUAUACUUUUACAAUCACCACAGGAUUGGCUAACUGUGUUUACAAUCUCUUUUACAAUACAGCAUGUCAUCAAUUGUGCUUACAUAGCUUUUGUAUAUAAUAUCAUUUUUAUAACCUUUUUUAAUUGAAGUUGUUCCAUAAAAAAAUAAAAACCGGGGAUCAAUUUGUAUUUUCUUAACUACUGCUAUGAACAACCCAUUUAAAACUUAACAACACUAUUUGGGGGGAAGGCAAAGUUUUUCUUUAUACUUUUAAUUUUGGAUCAGUGUUGGACUGAAGAAAAAUUUUUGUAACAUUAAAGUAAGGAAAGAUUCUAGGUAGGCUUUCCGAAAAUGUUAGCCGCUGAGAUCAAGAUAAUGCCUUUUAAUUGGACAAGCUCUCUGCGGGAGGUGAUUACCCAUGCCAUGCACAAUGCCCACAGUCUUGGCUCGGCUCUGGUCUCUGAUGGAUUCCGACAACUAGAAUUUGGGAAAGCUACAGAAAAUCAAACCAUAUCA